GGUUUCGACCAUUCCAGUUGGCCAAGGCGGCAUUGAGCCCGGUAUUGGUGAUAAAAGACAACGUGAUGACGACAGUACUGCGAACGGACCAGAGGAACAUGUACGCUACUGCUUCUUUGCACCUCCCUGUAUUCGUCGCACAUCGUUCCGUGCGAUAUGCUGUUUCGCUCUUUCUUGUAAUCGCCACUCGUGUACCCAUCGCUUGUGGCGUCCACCUCUCUCUCUUCUCUCUGUGGCGCUGGAUGUGCAUGUUUCUGACGAUGUAUUCUCCCUCGCGUUGUGCCGUAUCGCUUGUAACAGGAGCGACAAUACCAGCAGCAGCAGAAUUCUACCUCUUUUGCAGGACAAAAUUACCAGGGCAAUGGCCUUACUUUCCCAGCAAAUAACUUCCCCAACUCACCUAUCUCAAACCAAGGCGUCGUUGACGAUGCACUGUAUCUCGGCGAGUUGCAAUGGUGGACGACAGAUGAAGAUAUACGACAAGUUGCCGCCAGGGUCGGUGUGAAUAUUGAG